AUGACCAGAUCACCAAAUUUGCUCACAACCGUUUUAGGGAUUGCCCUUUCCCAUACGAAUCCAAGCGAUCUGUCAUUGCCACUGUUGUUAUACCGUACUGCAACAAGGCUUGCAACAGCACUUUCAGGAACCCAACGUGACUCACCCUCGCUGCUCUUAUGGACUGAGAGAGCUCUCGCUCAUUACGCUCUCGCGGCAUAUCGUUGCUGGUUGGACAACAACGCACCGGACGUGCCCCAUCCACCGCUCACAACUAUUCCCGUUACUCCUAGACAGGUAAACAGUCGUCCUGGGACUGCGCGAGCUACCCCCAUCUACCCAGUAUCGAGAGGGGUUGAAGAAGAGGAAGAGGAAGAGCAAGUUGGAGUAGCUAUCGGAAAAUCGUUAGUUGAUGAAGCAACAGUAGCAAUUGCCUUUCGAACCUUCCGCACCUUCAUUUCACGAUUCAGCCAGACCAAGCCCCGACCCAGCACAGCAAAAUCCGGCGUCACAAGGCCUAACGCGGGGACGCCGAGCACCGGAAGGCCGAGCACAGCGAAGACCAACUUUGCCUCUGUGCACAUUGGGUCUGAGACUAGGAAGGAGAGAGAAAGGCAGGAAGUGUAUAGAUACUUUUUCCGAUUCCUAUCCCUUCUACUUUUGCCUUCUCACCAUCCCCAAAGGCCAGUGCCUCGAAACCUGCCCUCCGGAUCAUCGUCUUCGCCACUGGAGGAAAAGGGCUCGACAGUGUCCAACGGUUCAAAUUACCCCAACACCGGGUGGGGUGAAAAGCCUGGAUCGAUGUCAGAGCUGAGAGACGAGCUCAAGGUUGUGGAAGGCAUAUAUGAAGGCUAUCUCCUGAGGAACCUAGAAUUCCCAGAGGCGGUAGGGUAUCAUGAGCCUAUUGGAGAAUGGGUUGAUAUUGUUGUUGAGAAUUGGCAUAUGGCCGGCGGAUCUGCAGAAGAUGCGCCUGCUGUAGUGGAAAUUCUAUACCGAGCCUCAGCAAAGACAUUCCUUUCGCCUAGGAUCCUCCGACAUUUAUUUUUCGCCCUCUCGGCUGUGGGGAAUCUCUUGGAGGCGGAGUUGGCCUUAACCACAUAUCUCGACCUGGUCGAAAAGGGAAAGGAGAGGCUUGCCAAAGGGAGCACAGAGGUUGACUUUGAUUCAGACAAGGAAAUACUCGAAACAACGGCUGAAGGCAUAAGAUUUCUAUGCAAGCAUAUAGGAGAAGGGAGAAAGGGACUGGAUCUUGCCGAAAAAUCGAUUGGAAUCGCCAACGCCUUUUGGGCCCUUCACACCACCGAAGGCGACGAUAGAGAUGCGAUACUCAAGUCGGCUGAGAGGGCCUUUAAAAAAGGUCUGUGUUAUAAUAGUGCAGAUGUGGAUGCUUGGUAUGGGCUUUCCUUGGUGUAUACUGGGCUACGAGACACAGUAUCCGCAAUGGAAGGCGUUGACAAGGGAUUACAAGCCUUGGCCCACGAGGCCACCGAAGGCGAUUAUCGGCGCCGAGCCAUCCCAAUAUUACAUCUAUUAGCGCUAUUAAUGAGUGCGACAGGGGAGUACGAUAGUGCACAACACGCCUGUUCAAAGGCGUUGGAAAUUCUUGGCAACCACGCACAAAGCCUCCAGAUUGGAGAAAAAGAAUCAGCCCUACAGGUCCAAAUGACGCGAUUGCUACUUGUCGAGGUAACAGAAGGAUUUGACGAAGCCAUGACAAUGACUGAAGAACUCUUGAAUCUCUAUCGCCGAGUUUUCAAUGGCAUUCCCAGGCGCGAGUUUGGCCCAGUAGAUAGUUUUGAUAGCAACCAACCGAACGUGAGAACCCGCACAAGCAAUUCGUCAAGGCCUUCAACGGCCAAGCGGCUAUCGCGCUUAUUCGGGAGAAACAAAAAAGAACUAUCUACACCUUCUCUAAAUCUUCCUUCCUCGACAGGAGAGCCGCCGCAGCGAUCGGGUGUUCUUCGGAAAUCCAGCCUUGCGAGUCGCCGCUCGCUUACAAAGCGACGCCCCAAGUCAGUGGCCGAAUCACUAGAUACACCGUUCACGCCGCCAAGAAUUCAAAUUACGGAUACCAAUGGGGGAACUUCGCCAGCCGAGAUACCACGGGAAAAGCGAAGGGCCCUACGCCGUAAUAGCGUCUCUGGUGGGACAAUAAGAAGGAUUAGGUCGCUUAGUAGUCAAAGAUCUUCAUCGUCUUCGAUGAGAUCUGGACUGAAAAAACGCGACGAGGUUCCUCCCACACCAUCAUUGCCUAUGAGUAGUGCAGGUGUGUCGUCGGUAUCGACGGGUAUGGACACGGGUAACGGCCACCUCGAUAGCUCCGGAAGCCCAAUCCAACCCCAGCUCUUCCACAUUCUCAAAUCCAAGCUCUAUUGCAGCCAACCAGAGGAGGAUGUCAUCCUCCAGUCUCCCCCUAACCCCAGCCCGGCACCAGAUGGGGCUUCGGACAAUAACCAAUCCGAUACCAAUGGCCCGAGACCAAAGGAAGCAGAUAUUCCCACCAACCCCCCACAAUCAAAUCUCCCACAUCCGAUCAGCGCUCUCAGCCACACCAUAGUGGUCAGAAAUCCGGGAUCGAUUCGCCGCCCCAUGAGAGUUCCAGAGCCAAAAUUGAAGGAAGCGGAUGAGAAGCGGCGAGCCAUCGCACUCCUCCGCAGCGUCUGGCUAUUCGUCGCAGCACUCUACCGGCGAGGCAAAUUCUUCAAUGAUGCAACCAUGGCCAUAGACGAGGCGACCGGAUUUGUCGGCAGUGAUGGGGAGGGUAGUCAAGAGCGGGGCUAUCUCGCUCUCUCCCAAGAUAAAAUAUCCGAAGCUUCCGAGCUCUUUGAGGCAGCGCUAAUGAUAGACGUAAACUACCCACCCGCCAUCAUAGGCCUCUGUGAAAUCCUCCUGGAGCUCCCCCCCACACUCCAAGGCCCACUCCCGCAGACAUGGAUAAUUGGAAAGAACCGUGCACUGGCCCUCCUCCAAUCCCUCACUUCCUCACCGCGGGGGUGGAAUAUAUCCGAAGCAUGGUUCGCCCUAUCCAGGGCUUUCGAGCUGGAAAAAGACGUCAAGAACGCUAAGAAUGCGCUGUGGAAAGUGAUUGAGCUUGAAGAUGCAAAGGGCGUCAGACCUUUUACGGAGUUACCGAGGAUACUCUAGUAUAUCAUACAUCUCGCCACAACGGUCUCUUUCCUCCCCUUUGCUUUGCCACAGCAGUUUGAUUUCGAUUUUUAUUUGUGUUACAUACCAAAAAAAUCCGGAGCAGCAUACGGUAAAUUUUUCUAAAAAUGUGAUAUAGAUUUCGGCGCCUUGUUUUGUUCUGUCUCACUUUUUUUUUUUACUCGUACAGAGAAAAAAAUUGUAAUUAAAGGGUGGGGUAAGGGGGAGGGGUGUUUAUUUUUUUUUCUGCCCUAUUUCGGUUGUUUCGUUUCGUUUAUUGCAUAUUUCAAUACCUAACCAGCCUUCUUAUCACCCAAUCAGUUAUGAUUAAAGCACAGUUAGGAAA